CGCGUGGCGUCCACGGCGACCUCACCGCAGGUGCCGUCACUCGCAGCUUCGCCCCGCGCGCCAUCCCCGCUCCUCCACUCAGACCCGGGGCCCGGCGGGUUUCGCGCUCUCGCCGCUCAUCAGCAGCCCGCAAGCUGCCCGGUGCGGGCACUCGGCACGCGCGAGGCGAGGAGCAAGCGGUCGCACCUGCACAGAGCCUGCCACGCUGUGUUCGCGAUAGUGUCAACUGGCAGGACGCGGGCUUUCUCCGCCCUGUUAAUAACUGGAUCAACACUGAGCAAAGGUUCAAGUUCACCGCCGUGACUUGCAACCGGGGGCAGCCGGGUCCAACUGCAGCGGAGGCCUUUUGCAAAUCGGUCAACUCGAGGACGCCAAAAAGCGGCAGCUGCCUCGUCGUGCGGUUCACCUCCUGCACCUCGCUUGUGCGCACAAGGCGCACCCAGCCCGGCGCGAGCGCCGUCCGAUCGUCCGUCCGUUGCCGCCCCAGAGUCUGCGCUCAGGAUGGCUCCGGUGCUGCUGGCGCUGCUGCUGGUGCUGCUGUCCGUGGCGCUGCUGGGGGCCGCCCGCGCCGCGCGGGCCGUGCUCGCGUACCGCCUCAACGCGCAACGCCUCGCCUGCUUCCCCGAGCCGCCACGCCGCAGCUGGCUGCUGGGCCACUUCGGCAUCAUCCGGAACACGGAGGAGGGCCUGCGGACCGUGUGCGAGAUCGUGCGUCGCUUCAAGGUGUCCAACCUCACGUGGUUCGGGCCCUUUCCCUUUAUCCGCCUCUACCACCCCGACUACGUCAAGUCUGUGCUCAUGGCCUCAGCGAGCAUCGCCGAGAAGGACGACUUUUUCUACCGGCUGCUGCGACCGUGGCUCGGGGAUGGGCUGCUGUUGAGCCGCGGUCAGCGCUGGUCACGCCAACGCCACCUCCUCACGCCGGCGUUCCACUUCAGCAUCCUGCAGCCCUACGUCUCCGUGUUCGACCAGAGCAUCUCCGCCAUGCAUGCCGGCUGGACGGAGAUGCUGCGGAGCGGCAAGAGUUCGGUGAACGUGUUCGAGUCGGUGAGCCUCAUGACGCUCGACAGCCUCCUCAAGUGCACCUUCGGCCAGGACAACAUCUGCCAGCAGGAGUCGAGCCGCUACAUCGGCGCCGUCUACGAGCUGAGUAAGCUCGUGAUCAAGCGCGAGUUCAACUUCCUGCACUACCCCGACGCGAUCUACUGGCUGUCGGCCAAUGGGCGCCGCGCGCGUCACCUCUGCGCCCUGGUGCACGACUACUCCCUGGGCGCCGUGCGCAGACGCCGCACCGCGCUCAGCCAGGGCGGCCGGCCGGGGAAGUUCCCGGACUUCAUCGACAUCGUCCUGCUGGCCAGGGAUGAAGAUGGAAAGGGAAUGUCGGAUGAUGACAUUCAGGCUGAGGUUGACACAUUCAUGUUUGAGGGCCACGACACCACGGCGAGUGGCAUCAGCUGGGCGCUGUACAACCUGGCGCGCCAUCCCGAGUACCAGCAGCGCUGUCGCCAGGAGGUCACGCAGCUCCUGCAGGCCAAGAAUGGAGGAGGCCUCGAGUGGGAUGACCUCUCCCAGCUGCCCUACCUCACCAUGUGCCUCAAGGAGAGCCUGCGGCUGCACCCGCCCGUGACGGCGGUGGCGCGUGCCUGCACCCAGGACGUGACGCUCACGGACGGACGCGUCAUCCCCAAAGGCAACACGGUGAUCAUCUCGGUGUUCGGCACCCACCACAACCCCCUGGUGUGGCCGGACCCAGAGGUGUACGACCCUGAGCGGUUCAGCCCCGACAAGGUGGACAAGAUCUCCCCUCACGCCUUCAUCCCGUUCUCCGCUGGACCCCGGAACUGUAUCGGGCAGCGGUUCGCGAUGGCCGAGAUGAAGGUGGCGCUGGCGCUCACGCUGGCGCGCUUCCGCAUCGCCGUGGACACGACGUGCGCUGUGCGCCGCCUGCCCGAGCUGGUGAUGCGCGCCGAGGGGGGGCUCUGGCUCACCGUGGAGCCGAUCGGCGACUCUCCCUCCACCCCCCGGCACUGAGGGGCCGCGGGCAGCUCGCUCCACCAACCCUGGGUGUCGGUCGACACACCGCCCCGGGAGGGGGGGGGGAGACGGUAGCGUGGGAGACAGGCGAUCCUGAAAUGUUAAUUAUUUUUAAAUUUCAGUCUACGUUAACAAGUAAAUGACAAAUUUUCUCUGUUAAUAUUUUCAUAAAACAAUAAUGUACCAAUUUGAGGUCUCGAGUGGAGGACAAUGCCCCCCCACCAACACCCCUCCCCUUGGAUCCUCCACCACCGCCCGCCGGUUUUUCCCUCCACAUUCAGAAUCAACAUCACGCGUUUAGAGUAUUUGGCUGCUAUACGUUUCCACGCUUCGUUGAGCUACCGUUUGUGACAAUAGCCAGGUCGCUUCUGAAAAAAGAGCUGCACAGCUCAGUAGAGCCUUACCUGGUCAAAUAAAAAUAGUUUAUAGAUUUAUUGUAGUUUAUUAACCUCCCCCGGUGUCACGUUCUGUCACCACUGUAUCGGGGCUCAUGACGAUGGUGGCACUGGAGAUGCGGCACGCUCUGUGGCCCCUGGCGAGGUGCUCCGUGGUGCUAGGCUCCUCCAGGAGGUGCCGUGCUCUGCUUUUCACCGCAGUCCCGCGUGUCUCGGUGUCGCUGGAUUAUCGUCGUCAUCCUGACGUUGGUCAUCCUCAUGGCGACAGCACGUUCAUCGCAAUAGUGCCGUCGUCCGUCGUGAUGUAGUCAGUGGUGGUUAUUGUGGUGUCGGUGGUGAUUGUGACCGGUUGGAUGCGCUGUUGUUGAUGAUGGUGUGGGGAUACAUGGGCGAACCAUACACACAUUUGAAUGAAUUUUUUUUUUUUUACUUGGUGGGGCUGGGGGGAAUUUAGCCCCCCAUUAACCCCCCUAAAUAUACAACUGUAAACGCAUAAUACACAUGCAGCACAUAAACACAAUACAAAACACAUAUACAAACACAACACUGUACUUAUUAUUCAAACAGCAGAGAUUCUAGAUUAGCAGAGAUUCUCUCAACUGCCACUACCUGUUAUACGUUGAUACUCCUCGGCAUCGAUCUUCUUUCCCAGAGAUAUUUUGCGGUUAAGAAGAGCAACCCAGAAGUGGCAGUCUUCUUCUUGUCGCACGGCUGCUGGCGUAGUUGCAAAGGCAACAACUACAAUUUCACAUUCAGGGUGGUCAAGCCCAGACGACCGCGUCAGGGACAGCGGGAGCGUAAGAUCGCUGUGAUGAUCUCUCCUUUGUAUAUUUGCGGAUCUGGGCCAUGCGUCCUUAUACUGCGUACAGCCUGAUCUGCACGACCACAGUCGCGCACUGCUGCCGGAGUUUUUCAUUCACCAUUUGUGCAUCGGGUAUCGUCCGCAUCAACUGCCGUGGUUUGUGCAGUGCAAUGCUGUUUAGGGUGGAGCACGAGCUUCGUGGAAGUGGCAGUAAUUUCCUCCUAUGUAUCUAUACUCUUUGGUUCUUUCGGUAAAGUCACGUAGGUAGAAAAAUAAUAGAUCACGUCGUUUUAAUCGCAACACAAGCAAUCGUCAUCAGGUGGGACAACUACAGCAAGAAAAAAAACUGCUGAAUGUAUCUGUUAUUUGCAGUCAAGGGACGUUGCCGUGGUGUAACGGUGAGCAAAGUGGAACUUGCAACCCGGGGGGGCCGUCAGUCCCAGGAACUAAAAUGAUCUGCAGGCCUCAUUGACGUCAAACCCCGUAGCACCAUUUGGCAAAAUCAUUCGGUGACCGUGCGUCCAGAACGCAGCUGCAGCGUGGGUCAGCCUAAAAUAAAUACAUUCUUGAAAGAGGACUGCAAGAUGACUGCAGGUAAUUUAAAUCGCGGCCAUGAGCCACGCUUUAUUUAGUGAAGGAGACCUGAGACCUUGUCGCAUACCUGUGAACCCCUUAUCAGUGCCCUACCUUAUCACAGACCAAUUCAGACCGUAUUGGUCACCCCGUGCCCCCUUAUAAAUAUCAACGUUCAUCCUACAAAGUCCCAUCACCACAAGGGAGAAACACAAACAAAUAGGCACAAUGUUAUUAAGCAAAAACUGUUGUGUAUUAAUUUUGAUCAUUGGUGUCACUGAUGCUACUCAUCAUGCUUACUGUCUGUGCUCUUGCAUGCUGAUGCUGCUGCUUGCUUGAUAUGUGGAUGCACACAGGUUGAUUGUUGUUCCCCGUAUUGAAGCGGCUGUAUGCCGCAUGGACAUGAAAACUCAGUUUCCCUGUACAAGAAUACGGGAUAAACCGUCUGAGGUGACAUCUUUGUUGUCGCAGCUGAUGAGGCCCCACUGAGCGAAGCCGUUCUGUCACAAAGCACGACCAGAGGCCAAGACCUUCGGAACACGGCGACAGUUACAGGGCACUUGAGGGAGGGAAUGUGUGACCCAACCGGAUUAUCCAAUUGUUGACCAUGUUCAUGAAAUGUAAUAAAAUCUAAUACGCGUUACGGUAAUGUA